UUGCUAUCGAUCAAAUUAAUUAAUAGUCUGAUAUUCAUAUAAAAACAAUUUUGCUUGUAAUAGUUUUGUUUACAUUUCAUAAACUAGUUUUAAAUUCAUAUUUUGUUCCUUAAAAUUUAAUUGACUGAUGAUUCUUAUACAUUUUCUGCUAAUCAGUUGAACGAUUAAUCAGUGUUUUAAUUGUGACAUUCAAAAAAAUAGAAAUAAGCUUCCAAAAUGAUUGUUGUAUUAACUGUUGCACAAAUUAAGGAAAUGAUUAAGAACUUCUUUUACAUCCCAACUGGAAGUCUCAAAUUAGACGAAAUUCUACAAGGAGGAAUCAGGUCAACAGCAUUACAUGAGCUGUCUGGGAUGUCAGGAAGUGGAAAGACUCAAAUGUGCUUCGAAUUAAUGUUUAAUGCUAUUACGUCUACUCAAGGCUUCUUAAAUAGUUCAUCAGCUGUGUAUAUCGGCUCUAAAAAGAGCUUCUUUCCUGAAAGAAUAAAACAGUUUGUUAAUCGACAUGCUAAAGAGAAAGGAACAGAAUUUGAUCCUGACAGUCUUUUGAAAAAGAUUAUGUUUAAGCAAGUUAAUGACUAUGAGGAACUAGCAUUUGCUGUCCAUUUUUUGAAUUCAUUAAUUAUUUCCCGAAAGAAUCACAGAAAUAUUCGAUUGAUUAUAAUCGACACAUUUAGUGCUCAUUUUAGAGACUUAAAGGGGUACGAGAAGGGUUCUUUGUCAUAUGAGCUGACGUCAAUACUGGGUGGACUAGCACAAGAUUUUAAUAUAGCCGUGGUCUUAGCAUGUGACAUGACACCGGUCCUAUACAAAACUGAAGGCACGAAUGAGAAGAAAUUUAUAAUGGAAACAGCCCUUGGAGAUUUAUUUGCAGCACGAAUGAGUCAAAGAAUUGAGCUUGAGAAGAUUGAUGAUGACGUGAUAAUUGUUAAAGUAUGGAAAAAUUGUGCAGGAAGAGGGAAUUUAACGACUAUCAAGAUUGACCAAGAAUCUGGAAUAAUUGACGUGCCAAAUACAUUAAAGAGAAAAUCAGAGGAAGAAUUUCAUAGAGAAAGGGCUGCAAAGAAAUUGAUGAAAAUUACCAAAAAUGAACAGGAACAGAUCCUUGCUGAAAAUGAAAGGAACUGAAGUUUAUUUUGCAUAAAACGCUGCCAGCUGCAAUAGAUCGUGGAAAUAGAUGACUUACAGAUAUUGUAUUGGAACUGAUCCAUUUGGUAUGCAAGAAGAUUUGACUGGACAUACUUUGAUAUCUGGGAGAUUUAUUUGGAAUCUUUGGAUUAGAUUUUAAUCCUCAAGAUUAAAUUUAAAUCGGUGGAUUCAUUUUA